CGAUUCGCUCCAGGUUUCUCUCUGCAUGACGGAAUGACCUCACCGCGGUCACCCUCACGAGAUCAGCCCCGAGACGUCGGUAUCCCGUCCAAUUCUCUCCUCUCCAUCCACCCUUCAGUACCCUAGGUAAUACGAGUACAUCGUUGAACAUAUGCACCAUUCACCUCCAUCUCAACAAAAUACCUAAUUUAGUAGGAACCUGCGCGGGUGCAAUCGUCAUCAUGCGCCUUUGAAGGGUCACGCUCUGAGGCUUUCCCUGCCGUUAAACGUGGUACAUUGUCGCAAUCGUCACGAUCAUAAAACGAACCCUCAACAGCCAAUUCCUACCGACGUCGCUGUCUCUCUUCAAGCUGGGCCCACCUACGUUGCUCAACCUGGACGGUCACCUCACAUUGAGCAAACUGAACAAUCCUCUGCGCAAUGUCGAAUAGCCUGCGCGAACGAUCAUAGCCUGCAAUUUCAAAGGAACGUAGACAAGAUCACCAACCCAAACGGAACAGAAUGCUCCCUCCAAUGCGAUAUCUCCUCUCCUGCUUACAGCUUGCGCCACUGGUUGGCCUAGCUUCAGCGACACCGUUUGAUACCGCGCAGCCGCAGCCGCAGCAACCAUUGCUAUCGAGCAACGACACCAAGCAUGCUGCACCCCCGUUGCCUAUCUCCGUCGAGCUCUUCCGAUCCCUCGAGCGCACGUCGCGCAUAGUCGACAUUACCUACUGCGUCGGCACCACGGGUAUAUCGCAGCCCUUCUCGUGCGUCUCGCGCUGCAAGGAGUUUCCCUCCUUCACGCUCGUUUCGACCUGGAACACGGGCGUCCUGCUGAGCGACAGCUGCGGCUACAUUGCCGUCGACCACGGCGUUCGAAGGCCUGGCGAUGAGGACAGGUUCAACGGCAAGGUCGGGGAGAAGGCUAUCAUCAUCGCCUUUCGGGGCACCUACAGUAUUUCCAACACGAUUGUCGACCUAAGCACCAUCCCGCAGGAAUAUGUACCAUACCCGUCUCCCGAUGACGGGGGCGAGGCACCCAAUGAGCCCAAACGCCAGUGCAAAGACUGCACCGUCCAUAUGGGUUUCCUGACGUCGUGGCGCCAGGCGCGGAGGCUAGUCAUUCCAGAGGUGAAGAAGCUGAAGCAGCAAUACCCGGACUAUCCCAUUCACCUGGUCGGUCACAGUCUCGGUGGCGCUGUUGCCAUGCUCGCAUCUCUCGAGCUCAAGAUCUCCCUUGGCUGGGACAAUAUCAAAGUCACGACCUUUGGUGAGCCCAAGGUCGGCAACCAGGGUCUUGUAGAUUAUGUCGACGAGGUCUUUGGUUUGAGGGGCGAAAAAGACGAGGACAUCUCGAAGCGGACCUACCGUCGCGUGACCCACGCCGACGACCCAGUGCCGCUACUCCCACUUACAGAGUGGGGGUAUAAGCCUCACGCCGGAGAGUUCUAUAUCUCCAAGGCAGAGCUGUCUCCGUCUCUCGAAGACGUCGUGGCCUGUCGCGGUGACAGCGACGCAAGCUGCAUCACGAAGGCGGACGAUAGCUUCUUCGGAUCCAGGCUCAAAGACUUUGUCGAAUUCGCUGCGAAAUCGACGUUGGCACCGCCAAAAGGACUCAUUGAGGAGAGCAGCAGAUGGAUCAAGAGGCUGCCGGGCUUCCCGGCUCGACUGAAGCUUUGGCAGCUGCUCUUUGCGCACCGGGACUAUUUUUGGAGACUCGGGCUGUGUAUGCCCGGCGGCGAUCCGGCGAAUUGGGGGAGGGACAAGUACGGAGGUGGCCAUGACAGUCUGCUGUCAGAAGAGCUGUGAGCCCCGGAUCAACCUGCGUGCUGUCGUAUAAUAAGUGUAUUCAAAUGUGAUAGUAUGGGUACGAGUACUAGUAUGGCUAGAGGGGUUUUUACAAAAGCUGCGGUUGGUUGCUUGUAUAGCGCUUGUAUGAAACUGGCGGGCGUUUUCUUUCGGCUUUCGUUUCUGAGUAAGCUGGACAUAACUUCAGAAUAAGCGAC